AUGCCCCACGAGGAAAAGCGACUCAUCCUGAAACUCGAUCUCAGUAUAUUGGUUUUUGGCUGUUUGUCUUUCUUCACCAAAUACCUUGACCAACAGUCCAUCACCAACGCCUAUGUCAGCGGCAUGAAGGAAGAGCUCGGCAUGUAUGGCGACCAGCUGAACUACAUUACGGCAACCUUCUGGGCAUCCUAUUGUACCUUUAUGAUUCCAGCUUGCUAUCUUCUAACACACUACCCAGCCAACCGAGUUCUACCAGCCCUUGAGAUCGGAUGGGGAUUGUCUACCUUCGGCCUUGCUUGGGCUAGAAAUGUUAAGACGCUUUACGCCAUGCGAUUCUUCACAGGCCUUUUUGAGUGCUGCUCCUUCACAGGAACCAUCUACAUAAUCGGGUCUUGGUAUAAGCCUGGGGAAAUUGGCCGCCGCGUUGCACUCUUCUUUAUCGCAAGCCCACUCGGUACUAUGUUUGCAGGGUAUCUGCAGGCCGCUGCCUAUACUAACUUGAAUCAAGUACAUGGUCUAACAGGCUGGAGGUGGCUCUUCAUCGUCGACAGUAUCAUUACCCUGGUUAUAGCAGUAUUAGGCUUCUUCGUUUUUCCCGACGUGCCGUGCAGAAAGAAACCUCGCUUCAUCACAAUUGAAGAGCAUGCUCUCGCGCGUAAGCGGAUAGAGGGACUUGUUGCGCCGCCGAGAUUGCAGCUAUCGCGCGACAUAUUUAGACGGGUAUUUUCUCGGUGGCACUGGUAUGUUUUUGUAACCCAAUGGACGUUAAUGGACCAAAACUUCCUACCCGGCAGCCAGCCUUUCUCCCUUUAUCUGAAGGCAAAGAGCAAUAUAUAUUCUGUGGUUCAGAUCAAUACGAUACCCACAAUAGUUACAGCAGUGAGCAUUGUCGUCGCUUUCUUUAGUGGUGGCGUUGCGGACAGAACCGGCCGGUUUUGGGUGCCGGCUAUUGCCGUAACCUUCCCGGUCCUAGUGGGUAUGAUUCUCCUCGUGGUCUGGGAAGUUGGUGAAAGUGGACGACUGGCUGGGUUUAUUCUCACCGGAUUCGAGGCUGCUUGCUCGCCUCUGACGAUGGGUUGGGCAUCGGUGAUUAUGGCGGGGGAUGCUGAGGAGCGAGCGGUAGUGACGGCCAGCAUGAAUGCCAUUGGCCAAGCAAUCACGGCCGGGACGCAAGUGGUGCAAUUUCCAGCAAGCGGAGCCCCCAACUUUCGCGGUGGAUUCAUUAGCGUGCUCGCUACGACGGUAGCACAGCUCGGUACAAUUCUUGCUGUAGCAAUCUUGAGCCGUCGUGAUCGCAAACGUCGAUACGUAGCCUAG